CUGACGUAAAAACUGCGACUUCCGGUCCCUUUUAGAACAAACGUUUAGCUCGGGUUGGUGGCUUGUUGCCACAAGAGUUGCGGGCAGAAAUCUCACAAUUUGGAUUGUCUGGAGAUAAUCCCAGGACGUAUUAUUUUAAAAUAGUUCAUUAAUUUUUUUGUUCCGCUUAUCCGUAACGGCAAUACAAAAGUCUAGCAUUGAGUUAGCGCUAAAUGUCGAUCGUAAACAGACGCCAUCACUACCAUCAGUUAUCGCUUGUGAGUAGCUUAUAAAAACGGUUUGGCAAUGAAUUGUCGAUCAGAGCUUCUUGAAGUCACAGUGGAGGCGAGGCAGGUUGAAGAGUCAAUCCUGUCUUUGCUGCACACAAUUUUACUGCACCGCAGCACUGGAAAAUUUCACUAUAAAAAGGAAGGUACUUACUCUAUCGGAACAGUUGGGACGGUGGACAUCGACUGCGACUUCAUCGACUUCACUUUUGUCAGAAUUUCCUCGGAUGAGCUUGACAGGGUGAUCAAAAAAGCUGUGUCCGAAUUCAAGGACGCUUUGAGCAUAUCUGGAAAUGAUGGCAUCGGUCAAAUUUCCCUGGAAUUCUACCAGAAGAAGAAGUCCCGCUGGCCUUUCUCUGACGAGUGUAUUCCCUGGGAGGUGUGGAGCAUCAGAGUCAACGUCGUCAACCUGGCGAACGAGCAGGAGAGGCAGAUCUGCAGAGAGAAAGUGGGAGAAAAACUCUGCGAGAAAGUGAUCAACGUUGUCGAGGUCAUCAAUCGCCACGAGUAUGUGCCAAAGAUGCCCACCCAGUCCGAAGUAGACAAUGUCUUUGACACCAGUUUGAGAGAAGUCCAGCCUUAUCUUCAUAAGAUAACAUAUCAGAUCACUGACUCUCUGGGCACUUCUGUGAGCACCACCAUGAGAAGGCUGAUAAAAGACACCCUGGCACUUUAAGUUAACGUGUCUCUUACUGCACACAAAUCCUUCAGGAGUAGCUCUGAUUGGAACUCUUGGGAAACGGCAAGGCAAUUACCAAAAAGAGAGUGAACAUUCAUUGUGGGUCUAUCAUAACAAGUAGGCUCGCUGAAGCAAACAAAUGUUGCCCCAUUCAAAACUGCUCUGUACAAUCUUGUAGUUACCCAUCCCUUCAUCCUGUCAUUGGAUAUUUAUUCUCUUUCUUGGUGUGGUCAUUUUUGUUGUCAUUGAGAAUACAGCGCUGUUAAGAUUCACACAUGAUGGUGCAAACCAUAGAUUACAGUCUUUUGUCUGCUCUUAAUCAGUUUUGUUUUUGAUUGUAAAGGAAUGGUACAGUUAUUCAGGUAAUUCCUUAUCCUCACUUGCCAACUUCCAGAAAUGAAACAUGAACAGGAGCGGAUAUGUCAAUGUUCUGUUGCUGAUAUUGUUGCCUCUAAAUUGUUUAAAUACAUAAUUGUUAUAUGUAAUAUAUUGUA